AUGGGCAAACGAAUCAACCAAGCUAAGAGGGGUCUGAAGCGCCCAGACCACCAGUUGGACUGGCAGCUCGAGGGUCUUCUUCAAGGGAAAACCUCCAAGGUAUCGCUACAGCUUGGCUACCAACUGUACGAGGAAGAAUACCGCAACCGAGCCAAAAACCAGCCGUCUCGUCUGCAGAAACCGCGGCGGUCGAACCUGGACUCGGCGACAAAAGUGCACUUGACCGGCUUGUCUUAUAUCAAUGCCCACUACCAGUUUGUCGUCGAUCCCAGCCAGAUCGGCCCCGCGGCGGCUUUAGACCCCAACGUCCCCCCGCCCAAGCAGUCGGUGGUGUGUGUCGUGGCCAACGAUACCCACUUCACCUGUCCCAUCUGUCUUUCGGACGAGAUCGUGUCUCCCCGGAUGAUUGUCCACUGUGGCCACGUGAUGUGCCUCAAGUGCUUGCUCUCGUUGCUUGACUCAGAGGUGCCGCCCGCCAAGAAGCGGGAAGCGAAGCUGGUCGUUGAGAAGUACCGUGAGUGUCCUCUUUGUCUGUGUAUCAUCCGAUCCCAUGAAGUAUUACCGGUACUGUUUCUGCAGAUACCACAAAUACUACCUAAACCUGGGGUCGAGGUUGAAUGGACGUUAAUGUCACGACCGCACAACCGGUCAGUGGCGUUACCUAAGGAACUUCUGAUUGUCCACGAUUAUAUGGUCGAUUUCCCUGAGGCCGGCGGCGAACCGUCAGAGCUUGAGCAACACCUGCGAAUCAUCAAGGGGUCGUUGCAGGGGAUGUUGGACAUGUACGCUGCGGAGAAGGAAGCCAUUCUCACCAACCAUGCCGUUGAAAAGGAACUAUACGGCGAGGGAGACAAAUACGUUACUGCCGCCAUCAAACACAUCGACGCUGAAGUCAGCGACUGGAUGGCUCGCUGGUCGGAAAUGCCCACGCGAGUGACUCCCUUGGAACCAGCCACCGCCAACCCGUUCUUGUUCUACCAGUUGGGCCUGUCGCACGGCGGCACGGUGUACGUGCUUGCUCCGCUUGAUGUCAAGGUGGUGAAGAGUGCCUUUGACGAUAGUUACGCCAACUUACCAUCCACCAUUACCGCUCCGGUGGAGAACGUCAGUUACGAAGAGCUCAGUCCUGAGAAAAGCGUGGGUCGAUGGAAGUUCUUGGCCCACUUACCUCUUGGCACUCAGAUCGGGUUCGUUGAGUGUGAUUGGUCCAAACACCCUAUCGUCAGUGCCUCCCCCGAUUUCAAGCAGUAUGAAGCUGAUCUCAUCAAGCGGAGCAAACGCAGUCAGUCGAAGCUGAAGCGAGAAGAGCGUAACCGACAAAAGGCGUUGGCGUGGGAAGAACAACGCACCAGAGACUUUUACGAGCGAGAGAAUCUGGGUAUCCCUCCUGAAGCCAUUGACGAUUAUAUUGGUGGUGGUCUCGGCAUGGGUAGUCUUCUGAUCAUCGAUCGCACGGGGACGUUACCGGAAUUGACCGCUCCCGCCCCUAAACCCGAAGAAGACCCCAACAAGUACAAGAAGCUGGUGUGGGGGACCACCGUACUCAAGCUGGAGGAGGAAGACAUGGACGAACUCGAGGCAGCGGAGAUGAUCCGCAAGGCUCGCGAGGCCAUGGAGACGAUGGAACGACUGGGCAAACAGAAAAAGAAGAAACGCAUAGUUUUGUCAUCUACAUUAUAG